UAUCGGGCUGCCUGACAAAUAAAUGAAACAAACUGUGAUAUAUAUAACUAUCUCUUUCAUACUCGCUAAUCUAUUCACAUUAAAUCCACUCAGUGGCCUUGUGUACGUGAUAACAGACGUCUCGCGACGUAAACGUAACGAAUAUUUUUUCUCAUCAAUUUUACUGAGAGAAGAUGAAAUUACAGUAAAAACGGUGUUACCUAAACUUUUUCAACUAUUUUUUGGAAUUCAAUUAAUUGGACAACACACAAAGUUAGCUAAACAUGAGUCCACAAAAUGAGUUUAACUUUCAUGUGAUUGAGUUAUUAGAACAUUCAAACAUACAUCUUGAAAAAUACGUGUGCGUUCCGAAUUCUCGGAUAUUUUUACGUGAAACAUCAGAUGGUCCAGUUCUUGUACAUUUUCCUGCUAACGAAGAAAUACCAGAAAUAAAUACAUAUUUUGAGAAAAAAGAAUUCUCAGGAAACUUACCACUUCAUUUGGGUAAUAUAAAAUACAGUACAAUGUCCUUUGAAGAUGCAAUCAACUAUACCAAGAUACUGAAUAUAAUGUUCGAUGAAGAGCAAAGCAGCACGGAAAUAGUCGAAAAUGUAUCAUCUACUUCCAAGAAGAAAGUAUUUGAGUCACAAUCCACCUCAGGAGGAAGAAAAAUGAGUAAACAAAAUCAGUUUAAGUUUCAUGUGAUUGAAAUUUUGGAACCGUCAAACAUAGUUGUUGAAAAAUAUGUGUGCGUUCCGAAUUCUUGGAUAAUUUUACGUAAAACAUCAGAUGGUCCAGUUCUUGUACAUUUUCCCGGUAACGAAAAACUACCAGAAAUAAAGAAAUGUAUUGCGAAACAAGAAUUCUCAGGAAACUUAAAACUUUAUUUGGCUAACCUAAAAUACAGUACAAUGUCCUAUGAAGACGCAGUCAACUAUAUCAAGAUACUGAAUAUAAUAUUCGAUGAAGAGCAAAGCAGCACGGAAAUAGUCGAAAAUGUACCUUCCACAUCCAACAAGGAAGUAUUUGAGUCACAAUCGAGCUCAGAAACAAACAAAGUCAGUACAAUUUCAACUCUAAACAGUGAUGCUAAAGCAGUUCUAAAAGAAAUAACAGAAAUACCAGACUUGAUUAAAGCAGAGGGGAGAAUAAACCAAAGUAAAAGUAAAAUUGAAGUUGCCGAUUCAUCUCCCAAAGCCAGAAGAUGUUCAAAAAACUCACAUGGAAUAUCUUUAUCAAGCAACAACACCAUAAAUUUACCAGAUCCAACUACAAAAGAGAAUCUUCCGAAAACUAGCCAUUGUGUAAAAGAUAAGACUAACAAUAAUCAAGAAAAUGAUCCAUCAGCAAAUAACUCUUCCAUGUUAGUCACUAAAUAUCAAAAUAUAAUGGCUCUAGAGUCAAUACUUGGUGAUAACUACGAAGAAAAAUUGGAACAACUACAAGAAGCGUUUGAUAAUAAACAAUUAUUCUUUAAGGAAAAGCAGGAUUCGUUUAUGAAACAUAGUAACAUCACUAAACAAUUUAUCGAUCUAAUUAACGAAGCCAAAAAUAGUUCUGACAUUAGUGAUCUAGAUUCAGCAGUGAGAGAAAUAGAAAAUUGUGCGAUGGAACUGGAUAUAAAUAAAAAUGAUGUUAAUCUACUUCAUCACACAAUAAGCGGAUCAAAAAAUGAUUCAGGAAAAACUGGAGAAAUGGAACAUAGUGUAGGAAAUAGUGACGGUACAGAAGUUGAAAAUAUUAAUCCAUUGAAGGUCAAUAGUCAAGCGCGCAAUUUUAUUUUACCACCAGAGUACGAUCCGAAUGAUUCAAGAUGGACCCUAAAAUAUCAGGAAAAGGAAAUUGGUCUUGUCGAACUGCUACCAGCUUCACGUGUGUACGUAAACAAAAUUCAAUUAAGACAUUGUAUAAUAACGUCGUGGGACCACAAUGCCCUUGCACGAAAGUUGUUAUUCCUAAUUUUUAGCGAGAACGCAUUAACUAUAUGUUCUCUUCCUGGAGUAAAAUCCAAAAUAUAUUCAGGAGCAACAAUUAUAAGGCCCGGUCUAGAUGAACAUGCAUUAAAUGUUUUAUUGAAUUACAUUCAAAUGCAUGCGGCUGAGCAAAAAUGGCGUAAAUUUGAUUCGAACUUAAUUAUUAAAAGUAUUCGUGGCAAAUUGUACGACAUUAGAAGCAAACGUCAAAAUAUCGGAAACUAAUUAGGCUGUAGGAUUGCUAGCGAGACAAUUUACCGUGGGUUUCUGACAUCAAAAUCUCUGUAUAAAACAUAUCGU